ACCGGCUACAAUGAAUGUAGACGUGGGCAUUGAUCAAUUGCUUGAAAAAGAAGCGAUAACAGAAGAUAGCCCAUCAGAAGAAACAGUUACACACAAACCAAACAAGGCAUCAGAGUUUCUCACUCAAUAUACUGAUGCAGAAAUGGAAGACAAGAUGCAAGUAGAUGCCCAAACUGAACAUUUUGGAGAAAACGUGUUAGAAGCUGUACAAACAAAACUAGAUUCAAAGGAGGAUAGCAGUCAGCUGCUUGAAAAAGAAGUAACAAUAGAAGAUACAACAGAAGAAGAAACAGUUACAGACAAACCAGAAGAGGAAACUGAGCCUAUCAUUGAACUUGAUGUUAAGGCAGAAAUGGAAAACCAGAUUCUAGGAGAUGGUGUCCAAAUUGAACAUGCUGAAAUACAAAAUGUGUUAGAAAGCACAGCAACAGAGGAAACAGGGCCUUUCAAUGAAUAUGAUGUAGUGACAGAAAAUAAAAUGACAAAUGCUCCCCAAACCGAACCCACUGAAGAAAUACAAGUGUUAGAAGUUGUUCAAAUAACCACAUUAAAUCUAGAGGAAGUCAGUGGUCAGUUGCUUGAAAAAGAAGUAACAUUAGGUGAUAUUCAAGCACAAGAAACAGUUACAGACAAACCAAAUGAGGAAACACAGCCUCUGGCUGAAUGUGAUGUUCAGGAAGAGACUGAAAACAGACUUCAAACAGAUGAUGCCCAAACUGAACAAGUGUUAGAAGCUGUCCAAACAGCCACAUUGGAUUUAGAGGACAACAGUGGUCAACUCCUUGCAAAGCAAGUGAUCUCAGAAGAUUCGGCAGCAGGAGAAUCAAUUACAGACAAAUCAAACGAGGACACACAGCCUCUCACUGAAUAUGAUAUCGCUGCUGAGACAGGAAACAAAUUCCAAGAAGAUGCUGCCCAAACAUUGCAUACUAAAGAACCACAUGUGUUAGAAGCUGUACAAACAGCCACAUUAAAUUUAGAGAAAGAUAGCGGUGGUCAGUUGCUCGAAGAGGAAGUGACAUCAGAAGACAUUCAAGCACAAGAAACAGAUACAAACAAACCAAAAGAGCAAACACAACCUCUUACUGAACAUGAUGUUGAGGAAGGGACUGAAAACAGACUUCAAACACACGCUGCUCAAACUACACGAGCUGGAAAACCAGAAGUUGUACAAACAGCCACAUUAGAUUUUGAGGACAGUGGUCAAUUGCUUCCAAAGGACGUGAUCUCAGAAGAUAUUCCAGCAGAAGAAACAGUGAAAACAGAGCCUCGCACUGAAUAUAAUGUUGCAGCUGAAGCAGAAAACAAACUCCAAACAGAAGCUGCACAAACGGAACAUACUGGAGAACCAGAGGUAUUAGAAGCUGUAGAAACAGACACAUUAGUUGUCGAAGAAGGUAACCUUCAAACCUCUAAUGAAUCAGAAGUACCACAGGCCAUUCCUGCGCCAGAAAUAUUUGACACAGACCAGGCAACAGAGAACCUUAGUGAAGUAAGUUCCAAGCCAGAUGACAAAGACCUGAAAAGAGAUGCUCCAAAUAUUGACCAAGUUGCAGAAAUUAUAGGAGCUGUUAGUGUUCAAUCCCUCAGAAAAGAAGUUUUAGCACAAAACACUGAGGCUGUUAUUGAUGAAGCCAAAGAAGAAACAGAGCCACUGACUGAAGCUAGUGAACUCACUGUUGCUAUUGAAUCUGAACAUGUUCAGGACCAUGAGGUAGCGGAGGAUGUCAUUUUAGCACAAUCAGCAGAAGAUGUUACUGGACAUACUCAACAACCAGAAGUGUCACCAUCAAAUGUAAAUGACACUGAAACCAGUACAGAAACUGAGGUAGAAUCAUCUAUGGCUGCUCAAGCAGUCACUGAAAGUGCUGAGGGAGGUAGUGCAAAUGUUUUAAAGGUAAAUGAAGAUCAGAAAACAGAGAGUACACCACACAAUGCUCAGGUUAGUCAGGAAGAUCACAUCCAUGAAGUUGUCGAUGAGGUGCAAACAGUAACAGCAGUUUGUGUAUCCUCUGUUGAUGAUGAGGCAAGCUGUGUUCAGGUGAGAGAAAAACCUGUAUUUUCCGAAGUAACUCCAGCAGCUUUGCUGGAGAAUGCUAAAUUUACAAAUGAAAGGGUGCAUGCGCAGCACCUCAGCGCAGUGCAAUGCAAUGUUGAAGAAGAAAAGGGCGUCAUUCCAGGUUUUGAGUUUAAGCAUGCUGCAGUCAAGCAUGCUAUCGUCGCACAAGUGACCACCUGUCAUCUAAAAGAUGUUGCAGCAGCGAUACCUGAUGUGUUGAUAGAGACAAAAUCAGAUUGUCGUGAACCCUUGAUAGAGUCUGUGGUAAGUCAGGUAGACUGUAAAGAGACAACGGAGACUGCAACGCCAUUAGUGAAAAAGUAUGUGACUGUGACAGAAGAAGACAGCAGUGUGGUUUUGAUGAAUGUGCCACUGGUAGAAUUUAAGGACAACUGCCAAAUUCAAGUGCAGGUGCUAAAUGUUGACAUCAAAUCAGCGGAAAAGACUGUUGAUACAGCACUAGAGGUACGGAUAACAGAGGCGAAAGAAGUUAUUGAUGUUUGCCAUGAAUCAGUGAAAGAAGUUGACCAGUCAGAGACUGAAGAGACAGUAGUUCAUGAAGAAACCAUGGUGAUCAUUCAAGAAGUCGCUCAUCAUGUAGAGUCAGAAUCAGUGCUUGUCAUAUUAGAACAAGAAGUUAUAAAACAGACAGACACUGUGAUAGAGACAUGUAAGACAGCUGAAACUGAGUUAGGUGAAGUGGAAGAUCAAAAUGUUGUUGGGGAUACUACUGUCAGGGAAAGACAGGAGGAUGUGACUGCUGUCGCAAGUGAUGAAUCUGCAGCUGAAGAGCAAAUGUUCAAGGACCUUGUGCAAACACCCGAUAUCCCAGGAGAGUUAGACCUUGACGAAGAGGAGGAACCUAAAACUGAAGUGGAAAUGCCCAAAGUGGAUGUCACAACUGAAGAGGUCAGAUUGUUAUCAGAUAUGAAAAAAAUAAAUGAAGAAACAAAAAUUACACAGAUUACCGAGAGUCAGAUUGUAACACCCAACGCUGGAUUAGUAGUCCCCCAAAACACGGGAAUAAUCUCCUCAAUAGGCAAUGUGGAGUCCCCAUCAAGCCUUUCAUUGGAAUUCAAACUUAACAUACAGUUCGGGCGAGCGAAGGAACCAGCUUCUCCUCCACCUACAACAGAGAGAACUGAACCGAUGAAAAAAACAGAAGUGUCUGAGGUUGGCGUUCAAGCAGUGGAGCCCGAAGAAGAACCUGAAAAGAAACAGAAAACGACUGAGUUAGUAGACGUCACAGUUCAGGGAACAGAAAUCACAGAAACAGAACCAGCCCAUGUGGAGCAAACAGAAAUGUCCACGAUCGCAAAUCAACCACAGCUAAUGGAUGUCGGCAUGCAAGCGGUAAAAACUGAUGAACCUGCAGAACAAUUAAAACCCACAGAGAAAGGAACCGCUAAUGUCCAGGUGAAAGAAACAACAGAAACAAUUAUAAAGAACGAGAAAAGAGAAGUGUCCCUGAGUCCUGCAGGACCUGCUGAAGUUUGUGAGCAAGAGACAAAAGCAGAGGAAGCUGACCAGGACGUAUGGAUGGAUGCUGAAGAAGGCGUAGACAACCUAGAGGAAACGGAGAAGUCCCUUCAUGAGACGGAUGAACCCCCAGAGCAUCAGCAGGAGAGCAACCAGGAGGAAAUGUCUGUACCAGAACCUGACUUUGACAGGACUUCUACUUCCACGGUCAAGGAAGAAGAAAAUCAACAAACGCUCGAACAAAGAGGAACCUUUGAAAUCGAGAGUGAGGGCGAAGAUUUUGCUGUCGCACUCGAAGAUUCAGCAACUGCAACGGCAAGCACCGCUAUAAUGGAGUGGGAUUGAGUACGUGUAACUUCAGUGUUACUAAUCGGUUGGACUGGCUGAAGCAAGAGAACGACAGGAAACAGCAAAUGUUUUUCCUUUAUUUUUGGUCGUCAGAGCAAAGGGAGGGGCGGGGUGUGUUGGGGAGGUGACGUUCAGCAAACAUUUCAGGCUGAUUUCAAACCUACCAAGGCAAAGACUCGGCCUUAAUGUUAUGUGCUUAUUUAAGCAAGCUACUGGCGCAGCCCAUCGAUCAUUGCCCAGCUAUUAUUUAACAUGCUCAACCACAAAUAUUCCUGUAUCCAUUUAGAUUGCUGCAUAGCGCAAAUGUCAGUACUAAUCGUGACAGUUCUUUUCAGUUACUCAUAUUGAAGAUAAUGUAUAUGUCUACAAGAAUAAGGCAGUAUUUUUCUAUUAACAACCUGUCGUUAUUAUGGUUACAUGCUACAAGAACAUUUUGCAAAAGUAUCAAAACCAUUAUUCAGGAUCUAAGUGGCAUCACAUAAAUGACACACUCAUUUCUCUUGAAUUAGUAAAUUAGUACAUGUAGAUAUUUCACAUCUUUCACUUUGUAUUGUAGUUCACUAUUUUGCUUUAAAUACAUAAUUCAUGACCUAUGCAGAUCUAUGCAGCAUCACCUUAUACAUAACGACUGUUUUAACGCUAAUACAGCCCACGAUGUGCUCACUUUGAUUCUUAUUGACAAGUUUAAGUUGGUAAGAAAAUGACACGAGCAUGUUAGUUUUAAAAAAAAUAAUUUUUGGAACACUGUAUUUGACUUACAUAUGCAUUUGUCAUUAUUUUAACUGUAAUCAGCAAAGCCUUAAUGUUUAACAAUCAUGGCAGAUUUACUCGUCAGAUUUUUAUUUCCCCAGUUUAAACUGUGGGUGACAGAAUAAAUAAAGCUGUUGUUGCGAAAGGUUGUUUGUGGCUAUAGAGUACUGACUAAAGGCAAAACAAUAUGUGUUGACUGUGUUUAAAUAUCUAUAGGUGUUAUAUUAAUAUAUUAUAUUUGAAUAAAUUCAUACAUGUAAA